AUGGACAUGCUGGGAGGGUUCCUGCCCGAGCAGACGGGGGGCGAGGGCCAGGGCACGGACGCCGCGAACGCGAGGAACGACAUUCCGCGUCCGGAGCACGUCGGGGCCGCGCCUGACGAGUACGGCUUUGUGGAUGGGCACGAGGACGACGGAGCGGGCUGCAGCCGGUGCGCGAGUCUGUCGUAUUCUCAGGAGUACCUCAACGCCUUCGGGGUGCGCCUGUGCGCGACGUGCAAGAGCGAGGACGGCCUGCUGCCCAAGAGCACUGCGCGCGAGGCGUACUGCCUGCCCGCGUCCGACCUCGACAAGCUCGGUUGUAUCAAGAAACCCAACCCCCGGAAGAAGCAGUGGGGCUUCAUGGUGCUCCUCCUCAAGUCCCAGGUGGAGGCGGCGGCGGUGAAGCGGUACGGGAGCUUGGAGCGGUGCGAGGACGAGCGGCGGCGGCGGGUGCAGGAGCGCGUGAAGAAGAGGAUGAAGAAGCGGACGCGGGAGGACGACGGCGACGAGGACGAGGCCAAGAAGAUACGGGCGGAGGAGGUGCUGCGGGAAGCGGAGGAGGCGCGGAGGGAGCAGUACAGGCCGCUGCGAACGACGGAGCAGCUGCGGGAGCAGGGCCUUGACGUGGAGGAGAUCUAG